CUGAAUGGAGUAAUGUUCUACAAAUGUUGAGUAAUUUGUGAAAAUGAAGAUUAAGCGAUUAUAUUAAGUAUAACUUUGUUGUCAGCGUGCACUUGAAACAUCAUUACGAAAUUCUUAAUGUCUUUUUCUUUAAAUCGAUUGUUCUGAUAGUCUGAAGUAAUGAAAAACAUAAAUGACCUUUAAAUAUUUUGACAUUUACAUUUUAGGUUAGGCAACAGGUUGAAUUGCUGCUAAGCAUGGAGAAGUAUGCCGUAGAUUUGGACAAAGUCUUGGAUGAGCUCGAGUUCAACGAAGAUCGUGCAGAACAACUAGCUUCUGCUCUGAGCAAGAGGACUGCCAAUGGAACUGCACAUAUUGGCUAUGGUCCAGCUACUAGAAAAUCCUCAGCACCCAGCAUGCACUAUCGACGGCCUGCAUUCGAGCCAAUCAACCUGGCGGACGCCGACUUUGCAGCUGCCCCCCAGCCUUCGGCCAGCUACGUGGAGAGUUCCUACACCCCGCAAGGGUCCACCAACCGCGAAAACAGGCAUUCUGCUUCACACUGGAAGCAGAACGGUGUCUCAACACCUAACAUCGGCAGCAUGUUCUCCAGCCUGAACGAGUUUGUGGGCGACAACAAAAACGACUUGAAGAAUCAUUCUCCGUCUUUGUGGAUCCAGAACAACUUGGCAGAUGGCAAAAACACAAACAAAGGGAAAUCUGAGAAGCGGAAUGGUUCUUUGGAUGUUUUUAUUUCAAACAAGACUUUAAAUUCUGGGGGUCAUGUGUCCGAGUGUGAUACGACCGAUGGGCUGUAUUAUAACGAAAUAAGCAAGUCGGUUGAAACUAUUGGGAAAAGUGACAUAUCGGGUAAACAGGAUAUCAAAAUGAAGAGAAAUCUCAACACUGGAAUUCCUGAAAGUAGUAUGUAUGAAGAAUAUUUGUCGAAGAAUAGUAAGAGAAGUGAAACUGUCGGUGGGACACCCAGCAUUGUUCGUGGACUGUGCGAUACGAAUACAGAUGGACUUACGUGCCAAACUUCUGAAAGUAGUGUUAUGGGAAUAGAUAUUUCCUGUGAGGCUGAGGGUUUAGGAUGCAACAGUUCCAACCUGUGUAAAGAGCAGAGCAGUACGAAUUAUGUUAGGGUUAUCAAGAAUAAUAUUUCAGAAACUGAAGUAUCUGGGUUAAAGAAAAUACCGGAAGGAGGGCAUGGCACUGGGAUUAAACCAAAGGUCUCAAAUAUUGAAGGAAAAUUACCUGCCAACAACGCUGACAAAGAUGUUGGUACUAAGCUUUCUGUCAAUGAGGCUGACGUUUCCAUUUGUAACUCGCCAACCAGCAUGACCGUAACAAGAGAUGUUCCUGGAGAAAGUUCUGAAGCACAGAGUGUAGCGGCGGCCGUUCCGCCAGUGAUUGGUUUUACUUCGUUUUCGGACAUCAGUGACGAAGAGUUGCAGCAGUACUUGCAGGAACUAGAGGAGGAGGUUGGGAACGAGAUGGACAGUCUAGCUGCAGGCACCAUUGAAGUGCAGGAGUCUAUCACGGGUGACGGUUCUGCUCAUGCUGCAUUCGCUCCCGCUGCACAAAAAGUUCAAGGUGACAUUCCCGAAUCAGACGGAAGGAGAGAAGACGAACACGAAAGAAUCAUUACAUCGGAGGGUGUAAAUGUUUCUAAUACUGCAAAGAUAAAUGAUCAUGUACCUGAAGUUGAAAAGACCAGUGAUUCUUCUCAAGUUAUAAUAUCAGAUGUAAGCAUUAAGCCAGUGGAUACCGGUUCCCAACUGUCCGAACGUCCUGCAGCUGUUUCUGAUCCAUCUGUUGCGCUUCCUGUCUCUGUGCCACUUGAGGCUCCCGUAGCUUCACAGGAGUCCAUCACCAGCACUGCAUCCCAAAAUAGUGCCUCUACAUUGUCUCAAUCUGCAGUGACUGUCCCUUUGCCCAACACUACACCUAGUGCCUCUGGACUGCCUCAGUCUCAACCCGAAGUCUUGUUGCAAAACACUACACCUGCACCCAAUGUCAUGUUGCCCAAAACUACACCUGAAAUGCCUCAAUCUGUACCUGAUGUCCCUUUGCCCAACUCUACAUCAUUGGGCUUGCUUCCUGUUGAAAACUGUGAUGUGCCAGACAAGGACAUGAGCCAAAGAGAUGAGGGUGAGCAAGUUGUUUUGAGCUCCGAAGAUAAAAACCUCGUCCCUGCUGUGAACAGUGUGCUGGCCAAUGUUAGCUCCUCGAAACCUGCAUUGUCUGUUGUGGAUCCAGUGCUUGAAAAUGCUGGCAUAAGUGCUGAUCUCGCUCAGUGUGAGUCCUCAAACACGAAUGUUGCAGUCACAGAGGAGGGAUCAUCAGCUUCUUCCGGCACCACUCGUGUGCAGCCUAUCACCUCAACAGCACAGUCUUUUCAGGAUUCUGAGUUGCCUCCAUCGACAGUGAUGGAACCUCAGCAUUCUAGUGCGUACGCCAUUGGCGAGGUGCUGGCCGAUGCCAUCAGCUCAUCAUCUGAGACUGUUUCCGACGUUGCAUCCACUGGUGAGCGUUUAUCCUCGACAGAAAACUCAUUUCCCGCCACCAGCGACGUCACAGUUUCGGGACUUGAAGAGAAAUUGGUGCAGGACAGUUUACCAGGAAAUGAACACCCACCUUAUUCUGAUCCAGCCUCGAAGGAACAUUGUAGUUUGGGUGAGGUUGAGAGGACUUUGAACGAUGGUACAGCUCAGUUACUUCUGGAGGCAGCAGCUGCCUCACCUCCGAGUUAUCAGUCUGUCAUUGAUGCCAGCAACUUCGACAGUUUGGGGGACAGGAAUAAUGGUUUUUCGCAGGAGGUUAACCAAUUCCCAAGAUCUGAAGUGAACGUGUGUGCGGUGAAGACACCCGAGGAGGACAGUUCAAUCGAUGUUCUGGGAGAGGAAGAAAGACCAUCUCGACCACAUUUCUUGCACUUGCCCUCAAAAAUAAAUUUGGGUGAUCAGAACGUUGAUACAGCGUCUUUAGAAUCUCCACCAGCAAUGCUGACAUAUGGGCCGCCGGGCGAAACCCCUUCGGCCAACCCUCGUCUCUCGCUGUGCGACAACCCGGGCAGCGAAGGCACGGUGUCGUCUCCCGACUUGUCGGACACGUCCUCGGUGGAGCAGGCGCCCUCCGACUCUCCGUCGGACGCGGUGUCGCCAGGGGACCACGCCCUGGGCCGGCUGCCCCCGUACUGGGUCCCGGACGCGGACGCCCCCAGCUGCAUGCUGUGCGACCUCCGGUUCACUGUCAUCAAGCGCCGGCACCACUGCCGGGCGUGUGGCAAGGUUCUCUGUUCAAAGUGCUGCAACCUGAAGUCUCGCCUGGAAUAUCUCGACAAUGCAGAAGCCCGUGUGUGCCAGCCCUGCUUCGAAGUCCUGGCCAGAGCGAGCGCCGUGGAGCCGUGCGAGAGCGUGGCGGGGUCUCCCAGCUCGGCGCGGGAGGCCGGCGCCGCGCCGGGCCGACGCCCCAACCCCAACAACCCCAUGGAGUACUGCUCGACCGUGCCGCCCUUGGAGCAGGCGGCCGGCACCCUGCGCCAGCCGCCUCCCAGCGUGCUGGUGCCCGUGGGCGUCCUCAAGAGGGAGGGCAGUGCCCGGUCGAAGAGCGAUGUCGCCAAGCAGGUGAUGUUCAGCGACGGGAUCCGGCCCGGAGGGGACCUCACGGAGCUGGACGGGUCGUCGGAGCCCCGGAUGCCGUACAGGCGUCCCGGCAGGGUCCUCAAGCGGGUGGGCACGCCACCUGGACUUCCUGUAGGUGUGCCAAGUCAUCCCGCCCAGCUUAGGGUUCAGCCAAUCCUGGAUCCCAAGACAAACAGCUUCAUCUCAGAAAAAGGUUUGCCACCUGUCGUGACACUGCUGAAUGGUGAUGUGCAGUACGAAGAGGAUUUUGAAUCAAUGGAAAAUUUGAUGGCCGUAAUAAAGUCUGAAACUGAGCUACCUGUUGUGUUUGCCAUCAACCGUAACUUCUUUGUGCAGGUCAAAAUACUGAACUUGGACUGCUGCGUGAACCGCACCUGCUGGUGCUUCAGCACCCUGGGGCUCCGCUGCGUGGGGCAGGACGAGGUGCUGGUGAUCCUGGAGUGCCAGCCCGGGGAAGCGGCGGUUCCCCGCGACGUCUUCCUGCACCUCAACGGCCUGUACCAGGAGGCCUCUCGAGGGGUGACCGUCGGGGAGUUGGGGUACACGGUGGUCCAGAGGUCCAACUUCCUGGGGUCCCUGGACCACGGCGGCUUCAUCUACGUGAGGCCGUCCUUCCAGUGCUUGCACAAGCUGGUGCUGCCCCCUGCGCCGUACCUGGUCGCCGUUCUCAUACACAGGUGGGAGACUCCGUGGGCACGGCUCUUCCCCAUCAGGCUGAUGCUGCGCCUGGGCGCGGAGUUCCGCUACUACCCUUGCUUGCUGGUGUCCAUACGGCAGAGGAAGCCCGUCUACUGCGAGAUUGGGCACACCAUCAUGAACCUUCUUGCCGACUUCCGCAACUUGAGUUACACCCUUCCUUCCGUACGAGGGCUGGUUAUCCACAUGGAGGAUCGUCAGACCUCGAUUCUUCUUCCAAAGAACAGAUAUGACCAGGUGAUGCGUGCGCUGAACAACUCGAACGACCACGUCCUCGCCUUCGCUGCGAACUUCAGCCAGCAGGCGGACUCCCACCUGGUGUGCAUCCAGGGGACGGAGGACGAGAGCUACCACACCCAGGCCAUCAACAUCCACACCAAGCCGCGCAAAGUGACGGGGGCCAGCUUCGUGGUCUUCAACGGAGCGCUGAAAUCGUCCCUGAACUUGACGGCCAAGUCCAGCAUAGUGGAGGAUGGGCUUAUGGUCCAGAUCACAGCAGAUGACAUGGUGGCCCUGAGGACAGCGCUGCGGAAUAUGACGGACUACACGAUAGGCUGUGGGCCGUCCGGAGCGCCGGCCCCAGAUGAACUGGUGCUCGUCAAGUGGGUGGCUGACGACAAGAACUUCAACGUUGGGGUGCGGAGCAGCAUUGACGGCAAGUGCUUGGACGGAGUGCCUUCCAUACGAGUGCACAACGGGACGGACUACGUGGGCUCGUCCCGGUUCAUUCGCUGGACCGAGGUGUUCAUCAUACAGUCGGAGGACGGCUCCGGGCAUAGCGGGGACCCGCUGGACAUCAGCCGGCUGUCGGAGUCGAUAGCGCAGGCGACCUGCCUGGCGCUGGUCCCGAUGCUCGACUCGCUGGCCCAGGCGGGACUCACCAUGCUGGCAGUCCGCGCCAACAUCCACCCGGACAGCGUGGGCUACGAGGCGGGCAGUGGCGGGGAGACGCUGGCGCCCGUCUACAUGAACAGCCUGGACAACGAGCUGGUGCCCGUGCUGCACAAGGCCGUGUCGUCCGCUUCCGACAGUCCCCCGGCCGUACUGGAGCUCGUGUUCCACGUCAUGCUGCAGUAGCGCCCCUCGCUCGGGGAGCCACGACCUGCGACCAGCCCUCGGGGGGGCGCCUGCCUAGCUGGCACGUGAGCCGCACCGCUCAAAACCCCGACAAUUCCCUCCCUGGAUACCUGCCCCUGACGUGCCAGCAGGCACCAGUUGCGCCGUCACAAAUGGCACUUCGGAAAUUACUAUCCGAGAUUAGUUCUGGCAAACAUUUCCAAAUUCCCGUACGCGUCGAGAAAAGCGCAUGCUUGUAGCUUCAACUAAUUCCUCUUCAGAAAUAGUCUGCCGUAUUCCUCGUGCUCUCUUACAUUUACGUUGUGGCUUUGAGAAGGAAAGUUUGAUUCGCUGGCGCCUCACGCAUCGGGGACGCUUAGUGUGUGCGCUGGUUGUUUCUAGUUGCGCGGUAACCUGUAGUUUUUUCCCGCUUGUUUCGAUGAAAUAAGUAGUACGUUUAAGUGUUAACAAUGAAUUGCGCUAAAUUUUCUGAAGUAAUGGAAAAGAAUAUUGAUAGUUAUUUAGGAUGGUGUUUGUUACAAUUAUAUACCUUUCUUGAAAGUUGGAAUCUCUGCUACUGACUUCUCACUUCUCCGAAGAAACCGUUUUCAUUAAUCAUUGGUGAUCCUAUGCACUGCAUUUUUUUUUUUAGCCAUUUCUUGAAACCUUCACUGAUUAUUAUAGGAAUAAUGUCGUGCACAGUGUGUGCUAAAGACUUUCAACUAAAUAUUUUAGAGUCGACGUUCAAACCGCGUAGAUGCAUGUAGCAUGUGGAAAAUACUGCAUAAGAGCUUAGUGCCUUGCGUGUAGAAGAAAUCAGUGGAGAUUUGUGAAUUUCAUGAACAAGUUUCUCGUAGUAUUGCUAUACUUCAUUACAUGCAACUGUGAAUUGGGAAUUUACAGCUGAAAUUAAAUUUUCGAAGCGAAUCACAAAUUGUUCAUAAACUUCAUGUUUUAGAUUAAAUUUUUGGUUAUUUAGUAACAAACUUUAAUCAGUUAUAAUGUAUGUGUCGUUUUUAAUGGUGUUGACAUGCAUGGUGUCCAGUGUCGCAACCAACUCUAAAGGUGGGUAGUUUAAACGCAAUAAAAAAGGUACUGGCCAAAUAUAGAUGCACAUCACCACACAUUCUGCUACUCCCUUUCUGCUGAACUUCGUUCCACGUCUAGUGUUGGCUGACAGUUUAGCAAUCAUGUUUUACUACUUAAAGGUUAAAGACGUCUUGACAGUAGAUGAAACUUCCUCCUAUUUCCAGAUCAUAUUUAUUCCUCCCUAUAAUUUUUUUUUUUUUUUUUUUUUUAAUCUAGUCAUAUUCCUACUAUGUUUUUCAUUUUUGAGUGUGGAUAUCAAUCAACCUGAUCAUCUUCAGACAAGUAUUUUUUUUUAUUAUUAUUCUUUAUUUUCAUCACUUGCAGAACUUCACAUGCAAGCUGUUUUGUUUGGCUGGAUAUUUUCUUUACAAAAAAAAAUGUGUACCUGGUGGAUUGUUUGAAUGUUGUGUUUGAAUCAGACUACCACUUGGCAAGUCAAACUACUUUUCCUGUUGGUUGUUGGCAUGGAGUCAUCCAUGCCUAGUCAAAACAACACAUGAUCCGACUACAAGGAUAGGCCAGGUAGGCCACAAAUAUUUUACUAACAAGUGGAAUGCUGUAUUUUUGGACGUAGAGGAAUAUGACGACAAUGCGCAUGCCGGUAUCGUGAAUGGUUCAAUGCUUCGAAAGCUAAAAGCAGUCCCAGGUAGGCAGGCUCUCUAAGAAUGGUUGGUCAAAUAUGUGUAUUUACCAUAAUGUUAAUGUUUUAAAAAUUUAUUUACCCACAUUGUAACAUCAUGUACCGUAACAUAGCUCUUGAGCAAUCAAUAACCAAUAACAAAUGGAUGUAGAAUACCCAUUUGUAACGUUCACUUGUGAAAGCCUGAUGCAGAUACUCUCAACCAACAUUAAAGUGUUUCCGUUGCGGAAUUGUUUAUUUAUUCCGCCCACUAGUUGCGCAGUUAAGAAAGUAGCUGAUGUAAAGUUUUUAUACAUAGUAUGUAUUUGAUGUUUAUUUGCAAUUUUAACUUGGCUUAUGCAGAUACCGGCCGUGAAUGUUACUUUCUUUUACUUUCACUGUGGUAUCUGCUAGUUAUAAUGCCAGCAAAAAUGAUUAUGCUUUCCAUGUAUUAUACCUGUUAUUUUUACUGUGUCAGUUCAUUUGUUGGCUAUGUUUUGAAAUUUGAAGGUUUGUAUGAGUGUGUCUUUUAUAUUUGUGAUAUGUCAAGCAGUGAUGAUGAUUACACCCGGCUAGUUUUUAACAUUUGUUCAUUGUUUUGCUUUGAAUUUUCUGUUUCGACUUUGUUUGAAAAUGCGAAGAUGAAAUGCAAAUCUUCACUGUAGCAGCAAACAUUUGUUACAGAAAGUCCGUCCGAGGUUGUUUAAUUUCUAAUCUAUUUUCCUAUUUGUAUUGUGGAACACUUUGUUUUUAUAAUGUCCUUCUAUGUAUCACAUAUUAAGUUUAAAUAUUUUGGUUCAAUGAUUUUAGAAUCCAUCUGUAAUUGAGUACUUGUACAAAAACAAUGAUAGUUAAACUUGUAUCGAUUGUGCCCUAAUUAAAUGAUUUUCUGUGUCCACUGGAUUUUAAGUUUUGCUAAAAUUAAUUUAUAAAUAAAUACAUAUGCUUAUUUUUUUUUCCAUUGCUUCUUUUUUUGUAUCAUUUAUCAGGCUCACUUAUUUUAAACUUUCUUUAAGUCAUAGAAAUUAACUCAAAUCCAUUGUUUGAUGAUAUAAAUAGACAACCAUUUCUCAAAUUAAUAUUGAUUCCUAAUUUUUUUGCUCAAUAUUAUUUCAUUUUGAAUAUAAAAGUUUGAAAACAUUCCGAGAAAGGUUAGUUAGUAUUUAUAAAAUGUCUUGUAAGAUGCUUCAUUCCCCUUUAAUUAAAAAUUUAUGGAGGAUUAAGCACAGCAAUUCAUGGUAUUUGUUCAAUUUUUUUUCCGAUCAUGACAAAACAGGUUUUUACCCUUGUGUUUGGUAGGUCACUGCAUCUUCUUUAGGUUGACCUUACUUCCUCGGAUUGUCCCACAUUUCUUCGGUCGUCCCGUCUCAUGUCAUUCCGCUUUCCAUGUCGUCUCAUUUGUAUUAGUCCUGCCUUCCGUAGGUCGCCAGAUUUCCGAACCCCUUUGGGUGCUCCCCUCCGCCUUCAUUUGAUCGCCACUUAAACAUGCAUUAAGUUUAUCUGUUGGUACCUUGAAAACCAUUGGAUAGAAGUUACUCGGUAAUUCAUUUUCAAGGGUUUAUUGUGUAGGACAUUUGGUAUGUGUAUUGUUUCUAUGUUAUAAGUAAGAACACAGAAGGUCAUUUUACUUUGGGCAGUUGUGUUAACAUGUGAAGAAAUAACUUGUGAGGAAACUUAUUUUUCUGAGGCUCAAAAUCAGCAAUGUGCGUGUGUGUGUGUGUGUGUGUUGUUGUUGUUUUUUUUUUUUUUUUUUUUUUUUUUUUUUUUUUUUUUUUUUUUUUUUUUUUUUUUUUUUUUUUUUUUUUUUUUUUUUUUUUUUUUUUUGAGGUGAUUUUACUGAGUAAUCCACUGACGAUAUUUUUGAAAGGACUGAUAAUGUAAUGUAGUUAUUAUAGCCGUAAGUGUUUGCCUUAAUAAUGCUGUCUCCUAUUUGUACAUAUAUCCUUGUAUUUGUAGUUAUAUUUGUUAAUCUACCAUUUGUAAAUAAAUAUAUAUAUCUGAAUAUCGGUAAAAUGAAAUAACAAUGUGACUAAUAGGUUUGUAUUUUACAGAAAGAACUGCUAACAUGAUACCAAACAGAAUGUAGAUAGUCAAGUGUGGAGUGGCCACAAACAUUGUUGCAUUAAGAACAUUGUUAAAUAACUUUGCGUGUAGCAUUUUUCAGUGAUUGCAUGAAUUUUCAAAACUUUGAACACAAUAAAUGGAGAGUAAAAGUGUGCAUAUUGCAUACGUCUGUACAGAGGUGCCCUCGAGUGUAUAUACACAUUACGUAUCUGACGUAAGCCGACGUAAUGACUUGCUGAAUAAGUGUUUUUGUUCUCUGAGUGUUUGUGUGAUGAUGACCGUGAAAUGAGGGGAUGUGAAGGAGUAUUGAAGUGUGUACAUCAUGAGAACACAUUUCAAGGCAAGUAACUGAAUGUUCCACUCAAUAUCUUUUAGACAUUCAAACAAAAGUGCUGCAGUUAUGCUGUUGAAGAUGGAAGAAAACAUUUUGUAUCAUAUUUAAUGCACAACUUGUAUAUCGGAAAUAAAAUGUAUUUACAUGUGUUA